AUGAGUAGAGAUCCAUAUCGCAUACUGGCGGUUACAAAAGAUGCCGAUCAGAUUGAGCUGAAAGCGGCAUACAGACUGGCUUUGCUUAAGUACCAUCCCGAUAAGGGUGGCGGCAAGUAUACUGUGGAUGAUAUUAACCUGGCGUACCAGACGCUCACAGAUAGCCAAGAGACCAGUAAAAAGGACUUUGUUCCGGUCCAAUUCAGUGAAAUUGUUGAUUUGGCCGAUAUGGAAGACAAUGGAGUACAGUGGGUCAGAAAGUGCCGCUGUGGUGCUGAUGGAUACGUUCUCACAGAGGCCGACCUCGAAGCCAACGGCGAAGCAGAUGAAAUAGCCGUUCAAUGUACUGGCUGCAGUAUUUGGAUUCUUGUACAAUACACCGUUGAGGAAGAGUAA